AAAUAGUGGUCAAUGCAAAUAUGGCUAUAGGUACUGCUGGCGAUUGCCCGCCUGGUCUGGAAAAGAAAACGGUAUACAACGAAACCAAAACAAAAAUUGAGAAAGCGGUCAAAGAUGCGCAUCCUGCCAGUAAAUCGGUUCACGCUUUUAACAUCAGAUGUGGCUCACUUAAGUAUGAACUACUUAUUGUCGUUGACAAAGAAAAUGCAGCACAACUAUCAAAAGAAUUGUCUUCUACGUCAAAUCAAUCUAUAACCUAUGAUGGAAAACAACUUAGUGUGAAUCAGCUGGAAGUAAAUGAUGUGGAUGUAAAACGUAUCCACAGCGACACGGAGCAGACAUGUGCUGUCUUCAACACAAUUGAACAAUGUUCUGGCGAUUACAGCUGUGAGAUACAAAAUGGUUUACCAACAUGUCAGAAAAAUGAAAAAGAAGGUAUGUAUAACAUUUUUUACUGUUUUUGUGAACCUUUGCCACAUAAGAUAUUAUGAUUAGUAAAACAAUGAUGAUCAUGAACGUAAUCUUCAUGCAUAUUAGCAUUAACAAGACUUAGAUAAUAUUUGAACCAUUUAUCGGAGGAUUUUAUUAUUUCAUAUGGAACAUAUUUGAAAUCAACAAAUUAAACGCCUGUGUGAUUUGCGGUUGCCAAAAAGAUAAACGUGCGUCUGCGUACUGUCCAUUUCCUUCGUCUAUGUAUUUAUAGGAGUAUGCAGACAGUCUGCGCGCUCCGCUGACGCAUGGCAGGCCAAACGUAAACGUAAAGAAAUGUUAAUUACCUGUGUUACCAAAUUAUCCGGCAAAUUACUAUGUGAAUAUGCCUAUUGUUCAAUUAUUGUAACUGAACAAUUCUUAAUAGGACUAAGUUGUUAGAAAUAAAGUCUGUAUGUAUUUCAGAAUAUAUAGCUUGUACCCUUUAAGUAAUUUGCGAAAUGCAAGAGGAGAUUUUGUUUGACAAAUUAAUGUGUCAUAAUCGUCUUUUUUUAGAUUUAUGUAUUAUCAUCUCAAUAUUUGAUGUAUAGUUAACUGGUUUAAUAGUGGGCCAGUAGGGCUAUUUUAAAUACCCCCAUAAAAUAAAGAAUCUGUAUGCCUUUAUAACAUGUUUCGAUCAUUUUAAACACGCAUUUUUACUGCAAGAAACAUACUGAUUUUCACCAAGAAAUGUUUUAUGUAUGACAUACUUGAAUGAAUGGCAAUGUGUACCAUUUAGAAUGAAAAAAGGGAAAAAUACUACCUGGAUCGGUCUUUUAUUUGGUUUUAAAAUCCACACAGUGGUAUAGGCACUGUGUAUCAGUAGCACCGUUAUGUCUAAUACUCAUGUGGCUUUUGGGGGUUGAAAAAAAGUAGACACAUACAUUAUAAUAAUUAUGUAUACCAUACAAAAUCUGUGUCAUAUAAAUUGCAAAUUUUAUUUGUAUUCUUCCAGACAAUAUGAACUUGAUACUCGGGCUUGGUUUAGGAGUUUGCUUCCCCUUGCUUGUAUUGGCAUUUAUAGCUGGUGCUUGUCUUUACAGACAGCUAAGAAGGUCAGAAAUAGAUGAAAAAAGGCAAGAAAAUGGAUACUCGAACAAAGCUUUUAGGAAAGAGCUCAGUCCAUGGCAUGGGCGAAUGAAGCAGAACGGGUUUAAACUGGACACUAAGGAUUAUGUAAACGGAUAUAAAUACGAUAAGGACAGAUUUCACGACAGUUUUUCGGGGAAUAAACAUAAUUAUGACAUGCCUGGUCUUUCGUAUACAUCUAUUUAACUCAUUAUUUACUGACAAGCACGCCCUCACCGUCUUGUCAAGACCUGCAUUGCUCGCUUUUUUCAAGUACAUCUUUUUAAGUUUUCAUAUAAGUUUAAAAGAUAGACAAGUCAAAUUAAGAUAUUUAGCGUGGUAAGGGUGGUUAGCCAGUAUAUUUAUUAUAUACUAUAUUGCUUGUAUUGUUCCAUUGUAUAUAAAUACAAGAUUUGUAGCUCUCCUUGCUUACAACAAAAGCAUAUUUUUACAUAUUUUUACCGGAAAUAUACAUACAUGUAUUUUGAUUUAUUUUUAAUAUAAAUAAGACUUGCUUUACGAUUCUCAUUUGCGCAGUUUGACUAAAGAUGUUAUCUUUUGCAUGAAGCGUAAUAAUAUUUUUGAGAUGAUUUUAAUUGGAUUAAAAUUUGCAUUUAAUUAGUAUUAUGAUUAUCAUUAUUAUUAUUAUUAUUAAUGAGCAAUAAAUGAGUGUAAUGACAUGAUAUGCAAUAUCAAAAACUAAAUACAGUCAAAACAUAUUUGAAUGUAACAGUAUGAUUUUUGUAAGAGAAUCAUUACUGUAUAUACAAAAUUAGCUUUGUUGACAUAAUUUGUUUUACACUUAAGAUUUUUUAAUGAACUCUUGGCCAGACACCUAAAUUGAUAUUAUGUCCCUGUUCACGUGCUUCCAGUUUCAUUGAAUAACAUUUGCUAAUAAGAUGUGCAAUUUAUUUCGAUUGGCGUGUUCUUAUGUUCAUCCCGUUCAGGAGUCCUUAAGGUAUUACCAUCCUAAUGCAUUACCUCCGCUUUGAAGAGUAUUAAAAUAGCCUAGAACUAUAAUUGUUAACUACAUUGAAAAUAAGGGCCGUGGGUUCAAUCCCCAGAAGGUUCAACUUUUUUUUUUCUUUCUUUUUUCUUUAAAUAUUAUGUUUGUAUCUCUCGUGUCCCAUUUGGAAAGAAAAAAGUGUUUAAUUCUAAUUUUUUAAUCUAUAUGGGCAUUUAUUGGCUAAAUGAUGCUAAAUCUAGUAAUAAAUAUGGUACCUGAUAUUCUCAUAGUGUACUAAAAUCUAAAACUAGACGGUAAAAGUAUUUCAUAUUUUACAAGAUCAACCAAUAUACAUUUUUAAAAAUUGAGGGAAACUUUGAAAACAGGCACUCCUUUUGGUAAAUUUUAAGGAUUUUUUAAAUAAGGCUCCCUUAGUAGGAAAAUGGUCAGACAGGUGGUAAAAAUGGGAGCUGAAUGGUACUGCAUUUGUAUUUGUUUCUUACCAAAAUUUAUGGGAAAACAUUUUUCAUUAGAAUAUUAUUGCAGAUUAUAUAAAGGUUCCUCAUUUCUAAAAAAGAACCCUCAUAACAUCCUAGCUUGAAUUUAGAAAAGUGGCCAUAACUUGAUUUCCGUACGGUAAACUUUUUUUUUAAUUGUACAUACAUGUGUACUUUAAGUAAUAGAAAGAGCACCGAAACACGAGGUUAUCUGAUUUGUACGAGGGGGCGUAGCUCCCCCGAGUAUUAAUCAGAUUACCGAGUGUUUUGGUGUUCUUUCUCUUUUGUAUCAUAGUCAAACAUAAAAACACGUUCCCUGUUGUUACAAUAUGAAACCCCGGCAAAAAUGAACCAAUGAACGAGCAUCUAAAUAUGACAUUUCUGUCGAUUUCACUUUCACUGCCGUCACAAUGUGUAAACCCCAGCAAUAAUGAGCCAAUCAAUGGGCAUGCUCUGGAGUGCGGGUAACUAAUACGCGCACUCCAGUUAACGCACUGUGCAUGUAUAUGUAUACGACUUAACCCUGACACAUUUUCAACAGAAAGUUCUCCAAACUAUGAUACAAGUAAUAGAAAGAGCACCGAAACAAUAGGCUAUCUGAUUUGUACGAGGGGGCGUAGCCCCCGAGUAUUAAUCAGAUUGCCGUGUGUUUUGGUGUUCUUUCUCUUUUGUAUCAUAGUCAAACAUAAAAGCACGUUCCCUGUUGUCACAAUAUGAAACCCCGGCAAAAAUGAACCAAUGAACGAAUAUCUGAAUAUGACAUUUCUGUCGCUUUCCCUUUCUCUGCCGUCACAAUAUGUAAACCCCAUCAAAAAUGAGCCAAUCAAUGGACAUGCUCUGGAGUGCGGGUAACUAAUACCCGCACUCCAGUUAACGCAAUGGGCAUGUAUAUGUAUACGAUUUCACCCUGACACAUUUUCAACAGAAAGGUCUCCAAACUAUGAUACAAGGUAUAUAUCUGACCUAUGAUGUAUUUUUUUAGUUCCUUAUAGUGCCCAUUAGGGUCGUAAUACCUUAAUUAUAUAUUGGUGUUAAUGUGAAAAAAUACUCUAUUUGCCUGUCCCACUACGGAAUAUAUGUGUAGCAGAUGAAUACAUGUACUAUUUUGUCAUGGCGAGCGAGCCAAAGUUCCUUCUAUGUAAAUAUUUAUUCGCUCAUAUUGUUUGUAUUUGAUAAUAUUUUUGAGAAAAGGAAUAUAUAGACAUAUUUUAUUUAUAGCAAAACUUACAGUAUGUGCCAUAUAUACAUGUAUAUAUAUAUAUAACCUUAUUUUAUUUCAGUGUCCCUCUUGUUCACUUUAUGGUGAAAUAAAAUGUGAAGUUUUGAUAAACUUUUUGCUCAAUCUUUCAUCAAGGAAUAUUUCUUUAAUUGCAGGAUCAAACCAUAUUUUCUAAUCAAUCACGUUUAAAUAAUAUAAGUCUUUAGCGUAACAUUGAUUGUUUUACAUAUUGUUAAACCAAAAAAGUGCUUUACCAGGGUCAUGUAAUGAUCUUUUAAUUGGUUACCAAAUGUUCCUUUCCCUUUAUAAUACCUUUAUCUCAGAAUAUAUUUUGUCGAAAUAAAGAUUCGGACUAACUUGUUAGUUUUGUCAUAUUUAACUUUAAAACUCAUCACUAUACAGGAAUAAAAUGAAAAGGUUGAAAUGUUGCUCACGGUGAAAUAUGGAAAUAUGUAUUAUCUCAAUGAGUGUUGUUUCUUUGAAGAAACCCUUAUAUUUUAAUGUCAACACACAAAAAAAUAAAAAAUGAAAAUAUUUAAAUAUAUUGUGCCAGUCAUUUGUUAAUAAAUUAUCUUAUAUAAAA